CUGCCGAACCCUACGAAAUCCCCAAAUUGUCCCUUCUCGAACAAAGCCCCCCGUCACCUCCUUCUCCGUUUUCGUUCUCGACUUCGUUUCACAUCCAUCGUCUUCGCUUCAGAGCUCUCUCUCUCUCUCUCUCUCUCUCUCUCUGGUUCUGUCUCCCGCGCUCGGUGGCGUCCACGUCUUCUGCUUACGUCGAUCGGCGGCCGCCUUCCCCUCUCGCCAGCUAUGACUCUGAUGACUACUCCGCCGUUGGAUCAGCAAGAGGACGACGAGAUGCUGGUCCCCCACACUGAGUUCACGGAAGGUCCUCAGCCCAUGGAAGUAGCACCUGCCGAACCAGCAACAACAGGUGAUGCUCAGUCUGUCGAUGAUCCACCAUCAGCAAGGUUUACCUGGACAAUUGACAACUUUUCGAGGCUCAACACCAAGAAGUUGUAUUCUGAUGUUUUUGUCGUUGGAGGUUAUAGAUGGCGAAUAUUGAUUUUCCCCAAGGGUAACAAUGUGGAUCAUCUGUCCAUGUACCUAGAUGUUGCAGACUCUGGAACUCUGCCAUAUGGCUGGAGUCGAUAUGCCCAAUUCAGCUUGACUGUUGUAAAUCAACUUCAACAAAAGUGCUCAAUCCGGAAAGAGACACAACACCAGUUCAAUGCACGUGAGAGUGACUGGGGAUUUACUUCAUUCAUGCUCCUCGGGGAGUUAUAUGACCCUGGCAGAGGUUAUCUUGUUAAUGAUAUUUGCAUAGUAGAGGCAGAUGUUGCUGUACGGAAAAUUAUGGAUUACUGGUCCCAUGAUUCUAAAAAGGAGACGGGCUAUGUUGGACUUAAAAACCAAGGAGCCACAUGUUACAUGAACUCUCUUCUUCAGACACUCUACCAUAUUCCUUACUUCAGGAAGGCUGUCUAUCACAUGCCAACAACUGAGAAUGACAUGCCAUCAGGAAGCAUCCCUCUCGCUCUGCAGAGUUUGUUUUAUAAGCUUCAGUACAGUGACACUAGUGUAGCGACAAAAGAGCUGACAAAAUCUUUUGGUUGGGACACUUAUGAUUCUUUCAUGCAGCACGAUGUGCAAGAACUUAAUAGGGUCCUUAGUGAAAAGCUUGAGGAUAAAAUGAAGGGAACUGUUGUAGAGGGAACAAUACAACAGUUGUUUGAAGGGCACCAUAUGAAUUAUAUAGAGUGCAUCAAUGUGGAUUACAAGUCCACUAGGAAGGAAUCAUUUUAUGAUCUUCAGCUUGAUGUCAAAGGUUGUCGAGAUGUCUAUGCAUCUUUUGACAAGUAUGUUGAAGUGGAGAGUCUUGAAGGCGAUAAUAAGUAUCAUGCCGAACAACACGGUCUGCAGGAUGCCAAGAAGGGAGUCCUGUUUAUCGACUUUCCUCCUGUUCUUCAACUUCAGUUGAAAAGAUUUGAGUACGAUUUUAUGCGAGAUACUAUGGUGAAGAUAAAUGAUCGUUAUGAGUUCCCUUUGCAACUUGAUCUUGACAGAGAAAAUGGAAAAUAUUUAUCACCAGAUGCAGACAGAAGCAUCCGCAACCUUUACACUCUACACAGUGUUUUGGUUCACAGUGGCGGUGUGCAUGGUGGACACUACUAUGCUUAUAUCAGACCAACACUUUCAGAUCAAUGAUCUUAUCUAGCGUUCAUCUCUGCUGCAAUAUACAAACUAGAGGCACCUAUGAGUGCUUUCUUCAGUUUCAACUUCAACCAGAGGGACAAUUUAAAUGUUGUUAUUCCCCUGCUUAUCAAAGGGGAGCUGUGGUUUUCAAUUGAAGCCAUAAUGUGCAUUCUGGUUGACUCAGCUCAAGAUUCCUCUCUCUGCUCCCAUACAUUAGGAAGUUCAUGCAGUGUCAUCCUCUUCUAGUUUGUCAUAUAUGCUUGCUGUAUAGUUCGAUGAUAUUCUUAAGAAAAGGGAGUUCGGAGAGGCUUCCAAGUCCCCAACAUACUGUCAAAAUGUCAAAUUUUCUGGGCAUACAGGUUUAAAUUCGAUGAUGAGCGGGUAACCAAAGAGGAUGUAAAAAGAGCGCUAGAGGAGCAGUAUGGCGGCGAGGAAGAGUUACCGCAGACAAAUCCCGGCUUCAACAAUUCUCCUUUUAAGUUCACAAAAUAUUCAAAUGCUUAUAUGCUGGUGUAUAUACGUGAAAGUGACAAGGAAAAGAUAAUAUGUAAUGUGGACGAGAAGGACAUCGCAGAACACCUGAGGAUAAGACUGAAGAAAGAACAAGAAGAAAAGGAGCAAAAGCGAAAGGAAAAAUCUGAGGCCCACUUGUAUACUAUCAUCAAGGUUGCACGAAGUGAGGAUCUUCUUGAACAGAUUGGGAAGGAUAUCUAUUUUGAUCUGGUAGAUCAUGACAAAGUUCGCAGUUUUCGCAUCCAGAAGCAGAUGCCUUUCACCCUUUUCAAGGAAGAAGUUGCAAAAGAGUUUGGUGUACCGGUUCAAUGUCAACGUUUCUGGCUGUGGGCCAAGCGACAGAACCAUACGUACCGUCCAAAUCGGCCAUUAACACCCCAAGAGGAAUCACAGUCUGUCGGCCAAUUGAGGGAAGUAUCUAACAAAGCAAAUAAUGCAGAGCUAAAAUUGUUUUUGGAAGUCGAACUUGGACCGGAUCUGCGUCCUAUUGCUCCUCUUGAUAGAACUAAGGAAGAUAUUCUACUCUUCUUUAAACUUUACGACCCACUGAAGGAAGAGUUGAGGUACAUUGGGAGGCUAUUUGUAAAGGGAAGUGGUAAGCCCAUGGAGAUAUUGACCAAGCUAAAUGAAAUGGCUGGCUAUGCUCCUGAACAAGAGAUUGAACUUUAUGAGGAAAUAAAGUUUGAACCUCAUGUCAUGUGUGAGCCAAUUGACAAGAAGAUAGCAUUUCGCUCUAGCCAGCUAGAAGAUGGAGACAUAGUCUGCUUUCAGAAGCCCCCUCCUGGAAGUGGGCAACCAUGCCGGUACCCUGAUGUGCCUUCUUUUCUGGAUUAUGUGCAUAAUCGACAGGUGGUUCGCUUUCGAUCAUUGGAGAAACCGAAAGAGGAUGAAUUCUCCUUGGAACUGUCAAAGCUUCACACCUAUGAUGAUGUGGUUGAAAGAGUAGCUAAUCAUCUUGGCUUGGAUGACCCAUCCAAAAUGAGGCUUACCUCUCACAACUGUUACUCCCAGCAACCUAAACCUCAACCCAUAAAGUACAGAGGAGUAGAUCAUUUGUCUGAUAUGCUGGUCCAUUACAACCAGACAUCCGACAUUUUAUACUAUGAAGUGCUUGAUAUCCCUCUUCCAGAGCUGCAAGGUCUGAAAACUUUGAAAGUUGCCUUUCAUCAUGCAACCAAGGAUGAGGUUGUAAUUCAUACCAUUAGACUGCCAAAGCAGAGUACGGUUGGUGAUGUCAUAAAUGACCUUAAGACAAAGGUUGAGUUGUCUCAUCCCAAUGCUGAACUUAGAUUGCUUGAGGUGUUCUACCACAAGAUCUACAAGAUCUUUCCUCCCGGCGAGAAAAUUGAAAAUAUCAACGACCAGUACUGGACGCUUCGUGCAGAGGAGAUUCCUGAAGAGGAGAAACAGAUUGGGCCUCAUGACCGCUUGAUUCAUGUGUACCAUUUUAUGAAGGACACCGCUCAAAACCAGCAAGUUCAAAACUUUGGGGAACCAUUUUUCCUGGUCAUUCGCGAGGGGGAGACACUAGCUGAAGUUAAAGUUCGCAUACAGCAAAAAUUGCAGGUUCCUGAUGAUGAGUUUUCAAAGUGGAAGUUUGCUUUUCUGUCACUGGGCCGGCCUGAGUAUCUUCAAGACUCCGAUGUGGUUUCUGGUCGAUUUCAGAGAAGGGACGUAUAUGGUGCUUGGGAGCAGUACCUUGGGCUGGAGCAUGCUGAUAGUGCUCCUAAAAGGUCAUACACAGCUAAUCAGAACCGUCAUACCUUUGAGAAGCCUGUAAAAAUAUACAAUUAGGAAACCAUGAUGAUGAUGGGGAUGGCCAGGUUGUUUACAUGCUGUGUUCCAAGGAAUGAGAAGGAACGGGAGGGGGAGAACACUCGGUGGUUUCGAUGGAAGAGAAACAAGACCAAUUUGGGUGGAAUGAUUUUGGUGUUUGUUACAGUAGCCUGGUUAGAUGUGUAAUUCUUUCUUUGGUAGGAGAGCAGAGAGGGGAGAGAGAUGAGAGAGUUGGAUAAAAGAGGUGCCUUUAGCACUAGGGCAGAAGAUAGUGGGCGUGGGUUAUCUGUAUGUUAUUUUUGUCUCAAAUAGGUUUGGAGGUCUCUCUUGCACCCUUGUGUCGGGCUGGUUAAGAAGAGGAAGAGGAAGAAGAAGAAGAAGAAGAAAAGAGAUGUUACAGUUGAAGCUCUCUCUCUCUCUCUCUUGUUUAUCUUUUACAUUUGUAAUCUUCAAUACAUAACGAAAGGGGUGUUUGGGUUUUUUCCCUUUCGGUGUUCUAUUUCCAUUUUGUUUCCUUUUUGGGGAAUGUAUAGAGGGUAUAGGGGCGUGACAUUUUUCUUGUCCAUUUGGGCCGUUCUCCACUUCUCUUUUUUUCCUUUCCCCAUAUUUCUGUCGUUGGUUGGAUGAUUAUAUCUGAAUGAAUGAUACAAGGAGAGGUUUGCAGGUGGGUUCUGUGUGAUUUGUAUCCUUUCCAAUAUGGUUGCUGCUGGGGGUGGGUUGUGUGAGCUCAAUCAACUGAGAGCAAGCGUGUCGACUAAUCAAGGUGUUGUUUGCGAAUUCGUA